AGGCGCAGCGUCUGGCUGCAGUAACAACACUCUGCUGGGACUUGCCCGACCGACUUUCGCAUACGACCUCCAAACAGCGUGAGGGAGGGAUACAUCAAAAACAUUCAUAGGACACACACACCCUCCCCUUGUUUCGAGCCCUCUUCGCCUCUCCAGUUCCGCCAUGGCGUCUGCUGUACCCGAGACGGAGGGGUCAGCGCGCAGCUCUCCACUGACACCGCUGAAGCUUGUCGGGCUGGUGUGCGUCUUCCUGGCGCUUUGCUUGGACGUAGGAGCCGUGAUGAGCCCGGCUUGGGUGACUGCCGACGACCAGUACUACCUGUCCUUGUGGGAGUCCUGCUGGAAGCCAACGAGUAGCGAGAACUGGCAGUGCAGCAGCACGCUGGACUCAGACUGGCAGGUUGCUACGCUGGCCCUGUUGCUAGGGGGUGGAGCCCUGGUGCUGAUGUCAUUCUUGGUUGCUCUGGUUGCUGUGUGCAUUGGCACGAGACGGCAUUUCUACGCCCCUGUUGCCUUCAUGCUCUUUGCUGCAGUUGUACUCCAGGCCUGCAGUUUGGUCCUCUACCCUGUCAAGUUCAUCGAGAGUAUCAACUUGAGGAUCUACCAUGAAUUUAACUGGGGCUACGGCCUGGCCUGGGGAGGCACCAUCUUUUCCUUCGGUGGGGGAAUCCUCUACUGCCUCAAUCCCAAGAACUAUGAGGAAUACUACUAGUGCUACCUCAAGUCUGGAACCCUCUGGCCACAUCUUCAGAGUCUGAGAGGUACAUAGGGACUGAAUAACAUUUCUAAUGUUCUGGAAAGGGGGAGGAAGUGGGUGUCUAUUAAUAGCUCAAUUCCCAAGAACUUUAAAGGGAAACAUCGGACAGCCAAUAACUGUAUUAUCACAAGUUUUGCAUCCAGACAGUGAACCUGGUCGUCUGGAGCUUAAGUUUUUUUGCCUCAAUCAACACUAGUGUCAGUGCUGACUCUAAUGGAUAUUCAGACUGAUAAGCCUCAUGUUAAAUGGUGCAUCUUGGGACAGAUGAGGUA